GAAACGACAAACGGCAUCCUCCACCCCACUCCCAUCGGCCAUGUCCAACCAGGACCAUCCCAUUGACCAAAUAGAGGUCGCUACCGAUUCUAUCAACUUUGCCGACCUUAGCAACUUUCCCAUCGCACCCAGCGAAGAAGCUGGUCCCCACCUCUCCGCCUCGGAAGCCCACCCAUCGCUACAAGAUGCCGCCGGGCCAUCAACUACAUACAUCCCUCGGCAGCCCUCUCCACCUCUCCCUGAUCUCAAGACGAGGUCCUUUCCCGCUGUCGACGCCGACUCUGACGAAGAGGACGCAGACGAUGAGCCCAUAGCUACCCUGCCUGUGUAUAUGUCUCCCGCAUUACUGCAACAAGGCGGCGUGGAUAUAUAUCAGUAUCCUCUGCAGCAUCGUGAUAUCAGUGUACCUACUUGGGCUCGGGAUAGAGGGAAGACUAUAUCGGCUCGAGUAAAGGAGAAUGUGGCGAGGGUAGAGGUUGAAAUCCCGGUCGACGCUGGUGCGGCUUACUGGCGUGAAGAUCGAGCCUCCGAGCUGGGCUUUGUCGUAGACGUUACGAACGGUGACGACAGUACGGUUGGCGGUUAUGGGUUUGGGGGAAAAGAAAAAGACAAGAAGGGAAAGGAAAAGGCAUCUAAGAAGAAGGAGGAGAAGUGGGGCGACAAGAUGAGACUCAGCAGCGAAGUGGUGCCGAAUGCCACUGGGUACUAUACGGGUGUGAUCAGAGAUGGUGCCGUUCACCUUUGCCCGGUUUCUCGUGUUCUUCAAUUCCGAACAUCUUUGGGCUACCUCGACGAUGUUGAACAGCGCUCGCGGACUCGUCGUACCACCAACGGCAACGCCGAGUCUGACGACGAAGACGCUCCGAAGAAGAAACGAGCUCCUCCCCAACCUGUCGCCAAGCCGCGCAAGGUUCUCGACGAUGAAGAGAAUGAUGGUACUGGGUCCAUCAAAGAUUUCAGAAACAAGAUGUGGGCGAUGGCCCAGAAGGAGGACGAGGAUAACUGGGUUGCUUACCAGUGGAAGGCUGGAGGAGAGGAGAGCUCUGUGGUAGACGCUCUCGAAGGACUCAUUCUCCCCGAGGAGAAGCGAGAAAGGCUCACUUGCAAGACACGGCCUUUGGACUAUCUGGACCGUGCUCAGUGAUUCGCCUAAUUACAUGCAGCAUACAUGUCCUAUGCCGACAAGGAACGCUUCGAGAGACCAUGCCAUCCGCGGCCACUCAUCGUACGAGCUGACACACUGCAUGACAGCGUCAGCAGCCAGCUCAGCGAGUAUCAUCCUGAGUGACGACCUCAAUCUCUAGAGUCGAUCAACCUUUGACUGAACUCGCUGAUCAAAAGCACAUCUACCAUAAGGAGUAGUGACAAUCUUUAUCAAGGCGUAGCAGAUGCGUGAAGACUACCAAGAUACCAGGCAUGCGAUCUACGAACCUGAAACCGAAAGACAAGUCGGCCUGUGCCACAAUCUUCACGAUGAUGGGAGGGGGGGUGCGGUGACAUUACCUGUGCAACCGGGUUAGUGUGGGGCCAAAUUCAACGUCUGUUGGCCAGUCCGGGAAAGAACACUUAAAUAACUUUGCUGAGCGUUAAACUGAUUGGCGGGAAUGCAGGGACACAGGAGUGAAAUGGGACACGGGUGGACUCCGCUCAAAGGACGGCCAUUUCAGCAGUUGCCGUCUUACACCCACAAAAAUCCUACUGCUGUCGUUUUGGAAAAAUCAAAGGGCUCUUCUCCUGUGGCGGAAAUUGGAUCACACCUUUGUUGAUAUACUUGUAUCUGCGC